ACAGCCAAUGAGAUGUUUAAACAUUGAUUAAAACUACUCGCUGAUAUUUAUCAACCUCUAAAUCUAUCUACUUUUCUAAAUCUAGAAACGUAUUCAGAUGUAUAUGCCGUUGCGUCAGCUCAAAUGCUGGACAAUCAAUGUCGGAUCUCUAUGGCUUUUUGUUCAAUAACUACACUCAAGAAAUUCGACCUGUGUGUGAAAGAAAUCUGGCCGUACAUAUCUAUGUAGAAUUGACUAUUCGACAAAUUAUUGAACUGGCUGCAAAUACACAGCGACUCACGGUAAACGCCUGGUUGAAGAUGACUUGGUUUAACUGUCACCUGACAUGGCAGCCGUCCAAGUACAGUAACAUCACCCACUUGGUUGUGCCAUUUAAAAAUGUCUGGGUUCCAGAUCUGACAAUGUAUGAUAGCGCAGGUGAAGGUGGCGCCAUUAACACUGGCUUUAAUGUGGUUGUAUCAAGGGACGGAAUUUGCCAAUACCACUACCCAACGGUGAUCACUUCUGUUUGUAAAAUAGAUGUCACCUUCUUCCCUUUUGAUAAACAGACGUGUCUCCUGACAUUUGGUUCCCUGUCCUACAACGCCCACCAAGUUUACAUCACCAGCAGCCUGUCCAGUGCCGACCUGAGCAACUUUGUCCCCAGCACGGAAUGGCGCCUGAUCAACUUCACGUCCUACGACACGACACGCUACUUUCACGGGGUACCGGAACCUUACCGGGAUGUCACCUUCAGUUUACUUGUCCGCAGGAAACCAUUUUUUUAUUUCACAAACUUGGUUAUACCCUGUUGUUUGAUCUCAUUUGUUGCAAUUUUAGGCUUUAUACUGCCAGCAGAAUCUGGUGAAAAAAUCUCGCUAGAGAUCACGGUCCUCCUGUCGCUCUCCGUGUUUCUGUUGAUGGUCGCUGAUCUGGUACCUCCGUCGUCGGAGCACUAUCCACUGCUGGGUCUAUAUUUUGUAUCGGUCAUGUGCUUGGUCACCCUGUCGACUCUGCUCAGUGUUAUGGUACUCAACGUGCAUCAUAAGGGCAACAAAAACCGACAAGUUCCGCGCUGGUUGCACUCCCUGGCCUUCACGUACCUGCGGAAACUUGACACGUUUGGAAUAUUGGAUGUGCCACACCAUAAGAAAAUCUCAGACAUCAACUCGGGUUCGUUCUUGGAUGCCUUACGUAAAAAAUUUACCAGUUUAACGACGUCGAGCUACACUGAAGAUGACUUAUGGGAUGAUAAUAGUGAUGAUGAUGAAGAUGACUUGAAGACGAAAUACUUGGCGCUUCUGAAGCCAGUGGCUGAUCUUCUCCAGAGGCAACUGGCCAUCAUGGAGGAGGAUUUCAUUCGACACGAGAAGAAGAGAAACCAAGAGAAGCUGUGCAUGGAGUGGAUGAGAGUUGCUCACAUCCUCGAUCGUUUUUUUCUAAUUGUGAUGACACUAUUGAUCACUUGUUGUACAGCUUAUUUUUUCAUUGUCAUCAUUGGUGGUUUGUAA